UCCGGUUCGGUGCGGCCGCUGCCGAGCGAGCUCCUCCCGCCGCAGCCGCGGUGCCCUCGACCGCCCGCCGCCCGCCUGCUCGCUCUCCCGCCCCUCAGGCCCGGGCGCCAAACUAGGAGGUGGGCAGUCGCGCCGGCCAUGGACCUCCGAAGCUGAACUGCCGCCGCGGAGCCCAUCGCCCUUGCCCCUCCCCAGCCCCACGCCCUCGGUCCCCUCGCUUCUCGUCGCCUUUCGCCCUGGAAAGGCGGGGAAAAGAGGGGGAUUAAUCCGAAGAAAGAAAAAAGGGGGUGGGGAGGGGGAGCCCUUGUCUUCUCUGGGGCAAUCGCCCCCGAAACCGCCGCUCAGCAGAACGUCGGGACAACUUCUACCUAUUUUGCGCCCCCUUUUUGCCAAACCCUAAAAUGAAAGGACAAAAGUUGGCGCUGACUCUUACAGCUCGGAUGGCGACUUGUGCGUUUUCAGCGGCAUCUCCGGGAGAAAAAGCCUUAUGCGCCUGAUUGUUCCGUGGCCCCCAAGCUGCGGUGUGUGUGUAUGUGUGUGUGUUUGGGUGUGUGUGUGUGUACACAGACGUCCACACACUCACUCGCGGCCGCAGGAUCAGCGCCUGGAAGCAGACGUUUCGGCCACAGACUUGGAGAGGAGGAGCUGGAGAUCAGGAGGCGUGAGCCGCCGGGAGUUUGCAAAAUCCGUGGUGUGAAUGAACUGGGGGCACCUGGGUGCACAGAUCACCCCCCCUCCCCGCCCCAGGCCAGAGUUGAGUAGUGGGGCAUUUUUUUUCACUCUCUUGUGAAGAAUUUUUUUUUUUUAUUUGUUGUAAAGUCUUUUGCACAAUCACGCCCACAUUUGGGGUUGGAAAGCCCUAAUUACCGCCGUCGCUGAUGGACGUUGGAGAAGGAGCGCCUCGCCGCGGAACAGUCGCCUGCGCGCCCUCGCCGGACCCGCGGCUCCCUUGUUGCGCGUCAGCCAGGCCCUGUCCCUGCUGCGGGCCGGCGGGCUUCCGCGCCCCCUCGGUUCCUCCGCGCAUCCCAGCGCUGCUCCGACUCCGACUCUCAGACUCGGGCUCCAGCAACAGCUUUGGCUCCGAUUCCCUGCGCCUACCAGACGCGCCCCGGAGGAGCCCGCAGCUCUGCGCCGGAUUGUCCCUCUAGGCUUAACCCGGUCGCUCUGCUUGGAUUCCUCCGCUGCCCUUGCUCUGGUGGCGACUUCCUCCCUGGGCCCCCUCCCCCUCUCCAGGAAGAAGUCGAUUGGAAUAUUAAGCCCAGGAGUUGCUUUGGGGACGGCUGGAAGUGCAAUGUCUUCCAAGUUCUUCCUAAUGGCUUUGGCCAUAUUUUCCUCCUUCGCCCAGGUUGUAAUAGAAGCCAAUUCUUGGUGGUCGCUAGGUAUGAAUAACCCUGUUCAGAUGUCAGAAGUAUAUAUCAUAGGAGCACAGCCUCUCUGCAGCCAACUGGCGGGACUUUCUCAAGGACAGAAGAAAUUAUGCCACUUGUACCAGGACCACAUGCAGUACAUUGGAGAAGGCGCGAAGACAGGCAUCAAAGAAUGCCAGUAUCAAUUCCGACAUCGGAGAUGGAACUGCAGCACCGUAGAUAACACCUCCGUUUUUGGCAGGGUUAUGCAGAUAGGCAGCCGCGAGACGGCCUUCACGUACGCGGUGAGCGCCGCGGGGGUGGUCAACGCCAUGAGCCGCGCGUGCCGCGAGGGCGAGCUGUCCACCUGCGGCUGCAGCCGCGCGGCGCGCCCCAAGGACCUGCCGCGGGACUGGCUGUGGGGCGGCUGCGGAGACAACAUCGACUACGGCUACCGCUUCGCGAAGGAGUUCGUGGACGCGCGCGAGCGAGAGCGCAUCCACGCCAAGGGCUCAUACGAGAGCGCGCGCAUCCUCAUGAACCUGCACAACAACGAGGCUGGCCGCAGGACGGUUUACAACCUGGCUGACGUGGCCUGCAAGUGCCACGGGGUGUCCGGCUCGUGUAGCCUCAAGACGUGCUGGCUGCAGCUGGCAGACUUCCGCAAGGUGGGCGACGCCCUAAAGGAGAAGUAUGACAGUGCUGCGGCCAUGCGGCUGAACGGCAGAGGCAAGCUGGUGCAAGUCAACAGCCGCUUCAACUCGCCCACCACGCAGGACCUGGUCUACAUCGACCCCAGCCCUGACUACUGCGUGCGCAAUGAGAGCACGGGCUCACUGGGCACACAAGGCCGCCUGUGCAACAAGACGUCCGAGGGCAUGGACGGCUGCGAGCUCAUGUGCUGUGGCCGUGGCUAUGACCAGUUCAAGACCGUGCAGACGGAGCGCUGCCACUGCAAAUUCCACUGGUGUUGCUACGUCAAGUGCAAGAAGUGCACGGAGAUUGUGGACCAGUUUGUGUGCAAAUAGUGGGCGCCCGCUGCCCGCCUGCCACUCAGCCCCGUUCCCAGGACCCACUUAUUUAUAGAAAGUACAAUGAUUCUGUGUUUUUUGGGUUUUUUUUUUUAAUAUUGUUUUAUUUUCCCUCAAGAAUUGCAACCGGAACCAUUUUUUUCUGUUCCCAUCUAAGAACUCUGUGGUUUAUUAUUAAUAUUAUAAUUAUUAUUUGGCAAAAAUGGGGGGUGGGAACCAAGAAAAAUAUUUAUUUGUGGGUCUUUGAAAAGGUAAGACAAGACUUCUUUUGAUGGUAUAAGAUGAGGGGGAAAUAACACAUACUCUAGCUUGUGUGCACAUCCAGAAGGUAAAGGAAAUGUGUUUUCUUUUUCUCAGCUAUGGGGUCAUAUGGGACAGGUAGCACCCAGUGCUCCAAAUCUAUGCACGAUUCAGCCUCUGUGACCAAAAUGAAUUGUAAAUGCUCUGGCGAAAGAUCUUGAGACUCAAACAAGAAAAUGAGACACCCUCCCCCCCCCACUACCCGUUUCCAGGGGCUGCCAGCCUGAAACAUUUUCAAAUUCGUAAUUGAAAAUAUAAAAGCGGGACUUUCAUAUCCCUCAAAGAAAAAAGAAGGUAUAUCAUGUAUCUCAUACUUCUCCAACAUUCCAUGUGCAGAUGGUCCUAUUCUAAAAGCUACUGAAACUUGGGGAGCAGGGAGGAAAGCCCCAGAAAUUAUAAAACUUAAAAACUUCUAUAUUAACAGUGAUUUGAAGCUGUUAUAGGAAUUAGGUUAUUAAAUUGGAAAAGCAUCCCCAAAUGAUUCUGGGUUAUAGACUUUUUGUUUGGAGAGGGGCAAGGGAGGUUGACUUGAAUAUAAAGGAAAAUAUACUGUAAUUUUCUUAGGAAUACUUGGUUAAUAAAUGAUAAUAAUAAAAAUAAUACAUGAAUUCCAUUUACAGAUCCUCAGCCCAAACAACAAGAUAAUUGCAUGCAGUUCAGUACUGCACCAGAGCAGAAAACCUGUUUGAGGGGAAAAAGUGAAAUCUGCCCUCCCACUUGACCCCAAGCCCUGUCUGAUUCCUCCUUGCUGCGUGGGGAGGAGGAGGUGAGGCUGGCCACAUUUCCAAAGGCUGCUCCACUGGGUCCCCUUUGAUUGCAGGACAGGAAAUGAACCAUUAGGAGCGCCACUUGGAAAACGGUUUACUACUUAGGGAUUUUUUUUCCCCCUAAAACUUUUGUUCUUUUAAUGAUGUUACUUGGCUAAUGGAGUUCACAGAGGUGUUACAGCAUUUCACUGUUAUGAUCCUGUGUUUAGACUCUCCACUCAAGCUUUUCCUAUUAUACUGCAGGUGUACCCUGAAACUGUUCCUAGUGUACUUGAACAGUUGCAUUUAUAAGGGGGGGGAAAUGUGGUUUAAUGGUGCCUGAUAUCUCAAAGUCUUUUGUACAUAACAUAUAUAUAUAUAUACAUAUAUAUAAAUAUAAAUAUAAUUAUAUCUCAGUGCAGCCAUUGAUUUAGAUUUACGCUUUACUCUGGGGUUAUUUCUCAGUCUAGAGUAUUGUUGUCCUUCAUUGCAAUCCAACUGGGAUUUUUCCAGAAGAUUUCAAGUAGAGCUUGGGCUGUGGCCCUGUUGCGAUUCCACCUUGAGCAUCAUGAAGCAGCCUCGUUUCUGAGGAAUCUCGAAGGUCUUCCUCACUGAUAACGCAUAUUGGUUUGAAGAUUUCUUUUAUCUUCCCUGCCACUCCCCCUCUUUCUCCAACCUCCAUUUCUGUACACUUUCUUGAGAGGGCAUUACUUGUUCGGCAUAGAUGUGGAAAUGAAGAGAGAUUUGAAACUCAGAAGCACGGUCAGCGUUUCACUUAGUUCGACUUGCAGAGUGAACACUGUUCCUGUUCGAUCUAGUAGUACCUAUUUGAGUCCCUAAGGAAAAUCCGGCUCAUGACAUACAUAGCUAGUUUUUAAAUUUUUUAAACAAGGACACCUCUUUCCAAAAAGUUCCAUCUUAUCUCGGACUUACGUUGUUUUAAAAGUUUGGAAAGAUACACAUCUCCUGCAACCCUCCUAGACUUGGUGGCCUUCAUAUCACCUCAGCCAUCUGUGGCUCUUAAUUUAUUGCACAAGGAUAUUCACUUCCCCUCAGUUGCAGUGAAUUGCAAGCAAAAGAUCUUGAAAUUAAAAAGCACUAAUUAGUUUAAAAUGUCACUUUUUUGGUUUUUAUUAUACAAAAACCAUGAAGUAAUUUUUUAUUUGCUAAACCAGAUUUUGUUUCUUUUUAGUGAUUCAUGUUUAUGAAGAGAGUUGAGUUUAACAAUCCUAGUUUUUAAAAGAAACUAUUUAAUGUAAAAUAUUCUACUCGUCAUUCAGAUAUUAUGUAUAUCUUCUAUGGCCUUUAUCCUGUACUUUUAAUGUACAUAUUUCUGUCUUGCGUGAUUUGUAUAUUUCACUGGUUUAAAAAACAAACAUCGAAAGGCUUAUGCCAAAUGGAAGAUAGAAUAUAAAAUAAAACGUUACUUGUAUAUUCGUAA